AUGAUGGCUUCAUCACUUGUUCCUUUCCUGGCUCUUGCUUUUCUGUCAUCGCUGGCACCGAGCCAUGCAUCGACUCUUGAGAGACGCGAUCUCGUGCCACCAGCCGAGGCCCAGCUUGGAAAUGGAUGGACGUAUCAAGGUUGCUACCUUCGAGUUAGGGAUGUUGGUAGGACCAUCAGCUCGGCCAAUAUGGUUGACACGAAAAUGACAAACGAGAUGUGCACACAAUUCUGCCUUGGAAAAGGAUUUCCGUACGCUGGGACGGAAUUUACCUCGGAGUGCUACUGUGGUAGCUCGCUAGCGACUGGCGGCGUACAGGCUCCGGCCGCUGACUGCGGGAUGGCCUGUGGUGGUAAUUCAACUCAGCCAUGCGGAGGCCCAAGCAGAUUGACGCUCUGGAAGACGAGACAAGUUACAGGGCCAUCUGUCAAUCCAGGCGUCAACGGCUGGGAAUCAAGCGGUUGUUACUCUGAGGGUAGCACAGGACGCGCUUUGCUGCAGGGCGUUGGCUCCGUGCCCGGAGCUCAGAUGACCGUGGCCAAAUGCACGGCAGCUUGUGCAGCGGCAGAUGCAAGAAAUACUCUGGCAGGCGUCGAGUAUGGAGGCGAAUGCUACUGCGGCAAGAAGAUUUCCAAUGGAGCGCAGCCCGCGCCGGCCACCAGGUGCAACAUGGUUUGCAACGGCAACAGCACCGAGAUUUGCGGCGGCCCAGGUGCCCUGAACGUUUACAGCCGUGGCGGGACAUUGCCCACGAGCACUCCGGGAGGUGCCGACCCAACAGGAACUCCAUCCGCGUGUCCAGCGCAACCGCCCACGGUUGGUACGUGGUUCUCUUUUGGCUGCCAUACCGAGGGCACAAACGGACGAGCUCUGAGCGGCAAGAGCUUUUCUGGCGACGAGAUGACGCUGGACGCUUGCGCCAAGUUCUGCCAAGGGCAUACGUACUUCGGAGUCGAGUACUCGCGCGAAUGCUAUUGCGGAAACACGUUGAAUACGGGCUCCAAAAAGGCGCCUGCGGCUGACUGCAGCAUGGUGUGCUCAGGGUCCAGCUGCGACCUCUGUGGGGGCGGCGACCGUCUCUCCGUUUACACCCUCGGGGGUGGCGGUGUCGAUGCCGGCACCUCCUCGUCCUCUGAUCCUGGUGCCUCAGCAACUUCGACCGGGGCAGCAGCUGCCACGGGUCUCCCGACCGGCUGGUCUGCCUACGGCUGCUGGGUGGACGGCGUCAAUGGCCGUAUACUUAACAAACAGCUCCCCGAUGAUCCCAACUUGACCCUCGAGUCUUGCGCAAAGGCCUGUAACGACCAGGGCUUUACUAUUGCCGGCGCCGAGUACUCACGGCAGUGCUUCUGCGGAAACUCCAUCGUCAACGGCGGCGUGAAAGCCAAGUCUGAUACCGAGUGCAAUACUGCCUGUGGCGGCAAUUCCAACCAGUUCUGCGGCGGCGGCGGCAGAAUGAGCAUCAUGUCCAUGGGCGAGCCCCGGGCCGUUGCCCCCCCGGGCGUUAUUCCUGCCGUUGGUCAGUGGGAGUACCAAGGAUGCUACCAGGACAAUGUCAACCAGCAGAGGACCUUCUUCUGGCAGAAUUUCAUGAAUACCGACAUGACUCCCAAGAAGUGUCUCGAUCUCUGCGGCUCUUUUGGCUACAUGGCGGCCGGCCUCGAGUACGGCAAAGAGUGCUACUGCGGUGACCCAGCCAAUAUUGCCGUUCGCGGCUCUCAAAAGGUUGAUGACAAGCAGUGCAAUAUCCCAUGUGUCGGAAACGCGUCUGCGUACUGCGGUGGUGGCAGUCUACUGACCACUUACUUCUGGAAGGGAGACCCGUUCUACUCGUGGAACUUCCCCGACCCUGCUUCUCCCGAUGCCGGUUCUUACGAAUUUCUUAUCGGCGGCGUUUGCGUCCCUCUGCUUACUUCCCAGACCAUCACGGGCAAAGUCACCUUCCUCGAGAAAUGGGGAACUGGACCUCCAAACUCAACUGGUGCUUACGAGCUGGACCUUUCCCAAGUCGACAAUUUCCAGGCUGCCUGGAGGCAAAUGCACGUCAAGACGGACAUUUUCUGCGCUGGUGGCUUGACGCUUCCCGACAAGGCCGGCCGACAGCUCAAUGUGGGAGGCUGGUCUGGUGAUUCGACGUACGGAGUCCGCCUGUACACUCCUGACGGCUCCCCUGGCGUUCCCGGGAAAAAUGAUUGGGAAGAAAACGCGGCCGUCCUCAAGCUACAGCAAGGUCGUUGGUAUCCUACCGCCAUGAUCAUGGCCAACGGCUCCAUCCUUGUCAUUGGCGGUGAAGUUGGCUCCAACAGUGCUCCGGUACCGACUCUUGAGAUCCUCCCGUACACUGGUACCAAACCUCUCUACAUGGAAUGGCUUCAGCGGACCGACCCCAACAACCUGUAUCCUUACGCCUGCGUCCUGCCGUCGGGGGGUAUUUUCGUCGCCUACUACAACGAAGCCAGAAUUCUGGAUGAGAACAACUUCAACACCAUCAAGACGCUUCCCAACAUUCCCGGUGCCGUCAACGACCCUAUGGGCGGCCGCACGUAUCCUCUCGAAGGCACUGCUGUUCUCCUCCCUCAGCAUGCCCCGUAUACUGAUCCUCUGGGAAUCCUCAUAUGUGGCGGUUCUACCAAUGGCGCUGCAAAUGCCCUGGACAAUUGUGUGAGCACCUACCCGGACUCUGCCAACCCCAAGUGGGAGCUCGAGCGCAUGCCCUCGCAGCGUGUCAUGACGUGCAUGGCCCCUCUUCCCGACGGCACUUAUCUUAUUCUAAACGGCGCCCACCACGGUGUUGCUGGAUUCGGCCUGGCCAAGGAUCCCAACCUUAAUGCCUUGCUCUACGAUCCCACCAAGCCUCUUGGCUCUCGCAUUACUGUCAUGGCUAACACGACUGUGGCCCGUCUGUACCACUCCGAGGCCAUCACUCUGCUCGACGGCCGCGUUCUCGUCUCUGGCUCAGACCCUCAGGACGGUGUCAACCCGGAGGAGUACCGUGUUGAGACUUUUACUCCCCCGUAUCUGAAGCGAGGCAAGAGUCGGCCGACCUUCACCCUUACGAACAAGGACUGGUCCUAUGGUCAGCAGGUCACCUUCUCGCUGGGAUCUGCAGCUCAAAAUGGCGACAUUCGAGUGUCUCUGCUGGGAGCCGUCUCCAGCACGCACGGAAAUUCCAUGGGCGCUCGUACUCUUUUCCCUGCCGUUUCCUGCGAUGGUACCUCUUGCACUGUCACGUCACCUCCCGGCAAGCACAUUGCACCUCCAGGCUGGUACCAGUUCUUCGUCCUGGACGGGGGUGUUCCCGGAGUUGGUGUCUAUGUCCGCAUCGGUGGCGAUCCCGCUGGUCUGGGCAACUGGCCCAAGGGCACUGGAUUUAACCCGCCCGGCGUUUAG